ACAAUGAAUAUUUUUUUUUUUCUUUCCAAAUCAAAACGACAAUCAAUACAAGCACUACACACCAAUUUUGACCACAAAACGCAGACAAAAAAUUUCUUGUCAUUGAAGGCACCACUUAACACUGCAGUUCCUUGACCACCAAUCAAUCCCAAUCCCUCGCAUUUCGGCCUCCACAGCACCAAACCCUAACCCUCCAUCGCCAUUUCCAAAUGGGUCUCACAACGCCUGCAACAACUACGGCACUCGCUCCAGGCUUUCGAUUUCACCCCACGGACGAGGAGCUCGUCAGCUAUUAUUUGAAACGCAAGGUAUGUAACAAGCCUGUCCGCUUCAACGCCAUUGGCGAGUGUGAUAUUUACAAGCAUGAGCCUUGGGACCUCGCAGUUUAUUCAAGGUUGAAGACAAGGGACCAAGAGUGGUACUUUUUCAGUGCAUUGGAUAAGAAGUAUGGAAAUGGGGCAAGAAUGAAUAGGGCCACAGGGAAGGGAUAUUGGAAAGCAACUGGGAAGGAUCGUGAAAUUCGUCGUGAUAAGCAACUUAUUGGAAUGAAGAAGACACUUGUAUUUCAUGGUGGGCGUGCUCCUGAUGGGCAGCGGACUAACUGGGUUAUGCAUGAAUACCGCCUUGUUGAGGAUGAAUCCGACAAGCUUCGGGGUGCACAGGAUUCAUAUGUGCUGUGUAGAAUAUUUCAUAAGAACAAUAUAGGACCACCGAGUGCAAAUCGAUAUGCACCUUUUCUAGAGGAGGAAUGGGAUGAUGGCAAGGCAGCAAUUCCCGAAGAAGAUGUUGGAGAUGACGUUAUGGCAGGUGAUGAUGCAUGUGUUGAAAGGAAUGGUGUUGAAGCAAUGCCUGUUGAGCAGGAUUCUCAAUCCAACAAUAAGGAGCCUAUUAAUGUUAACGAACUUCCAAAAGAGGCUCAAAAUGUUUUAGCAGUGUGCAAGAGUGAAAGGAGAGAUGAAUGUCCUUCUCUGUGUGUGCUUAAUACACAGGCAGCUCUUCCUCUUCUUCAAUACAAAAGAAGGCGGCAGAAUGAUUCAGGUUCUAACCGAUCAAAUGGUUCAGAUAAUUCAACUGGGACGGGAUAUGAUCCUUCCUCGUCAACCAUCACAACAGCGGAAACAACAAUGACAAAUGCCGCUACAACAACAGCAAUAUCUGCAUUGUUGGAAUUCUCUCUGAUGGAGUCUAUUGAACCGCCCAAAGAGAUUCUGCCUGCUCAUGGAACUACUUUUCGGGCUGAUGGUUUUGAUUCAUCGCUGCCCCCUAGUUGUGUUAAACUCAUCAAAGACUUGCAGAAACAGGUGCAUAAAACUGCUGUUGAGAGGGAGACACUAAAACUUGAAAUGAUGAGUGCUCAGGCCAUGAUUAACAUGUUUCAGUCACAAAUCGAUUACCUGAGCAAGGAAAAUGAGGAUCUGAAGAGGCGGAUUUGAAGAGGAGCAAGAAAAACACCCAUUUCAUGGGUUUGAAUACCCCUGUAAUGUUAUUGUUGUUUGUCGAAUCAUAUAUCGAUCCCCCUUUUCGUCUCCAAUCAUAUUGGAGAGCAUGUUUGUAAAUUUAGGAUGCUUUGUUUUUAGUAGUAAGGUUAUCAAGUUGCUGGAGAUUGCACAUUAGGUAAACUUAAAACCGGGACAUUAAGUCUGUAUCAGCUGCAACUGCUGACACUGUUGAAUCUGUCGACAAUUCCAUCUGUUGGAACAUUGUGCAAAUUUUCUUAAUUUUACUCUGAAAUAUGACUUGAAUUUCCAAAA